AUGCAAAUUUCAGGACUGAAAUACACGGACAAUCAGAGAGUUAUCAUACACGUGAAAGACGUCAACGACGAGCCUCCUUACUUCAUCAACCGGCCACUGCCGAUGCAAGCCGUGGUGCAGUUAAACGCGCCGCCAAACACGCCGAUAUUCACUCUGCAGGCACGCGAUCCGGACACCGAUCACAGUAUACAUUAUUUCAUCGUCAGGGACAGAACCGGUGGGAGGUUCGAGGUGGAUGAGCGGUCAGGCGUGGUUCGGACAAGGGGUACCGAUCCGUUUCAGUUGGACAUGGAAUAUGUUUUGUACGUGAAAGCCGAAGACCAAAAUGGUAGGAUGGACGAGCGCCGUUUUCAGUCGACRCCCGAAGAACGUUUGUCGAUCGUCGGUGGCAAGAGAGCUCCGCAGUUUUACAUGCAGUCGUACGAAGCAGAAAUACCAGAAAAUCAGAGAAAAGACUCCGACAUCAUAUCAGUGAAAGCUAAAUCGUUUGCCGAUCGAGAGAUACGUUACACGCUCAAAGCGCAGGGCCAAGGCGCCGGGACUUUUAAUAUUGGGCCGACAUCCGGCAUCGUCAAACUGGCCAAGGAAUUGGAUUUCGAAGAUUUGAGACAACCACACGUGUAUUCGCUGAUUGUCACGGCUACCGAGGAUUCYGGUGGAUUUUCAACGUCCGUUGAGGUACGUCACUCUUGGUUCGGAUUUGUGGGCAGUGGUACGUCAUCAGGUCAGUUCGUUAUCGAAGAGAUCACCGGCGUCAUCCGGCUGCACUCGAAGUCGAUAUCGCUGGAAAGGGACAAGUACGAGCUGAACGUGACCGCCGUGGACGACGGCGCGUGUUGCGUGAACGGUGCGGCGACCAUACACACCAGUACCGCGGUUGUGGUGGUGUUCAUCACGGACGUCAAUGACAACAAACCGGUGUUCAGGGAAUGUGCCAAGUACAACCCCAAAGUCGAAGAGGGUGCGCCGAACGGCAGUCCGGUGCUCAAGGUGCAUGCGACUGACGAGGACAAGGGCGUCAACGGUCAAGUGAAAUACUCGAUCGUCCAGCAGCCGAAUCAAAAAGGCACAAAGUUCACAGUCGACGAAGAAACUGGCGAAGUGUCUACUAACAAGGUGUUUGAUCGAGAAGGCGAUGAUGGCAAAUUUGUGUCCGUUACGAUUAAAGCUACCGACCAGGGAGAUCCGUCAUUGGAAGGCGUUUGCUCUUUCACGGUCGAGAUAACCGACGUCAACGACAACCCACCAUUGUUCGACCGACAAAAAUACGUGGAGAACGUUAAACAAGACGCCAGCAUCGGUACGAACAUCUUGAGAGUGUCGGCUUCCGACGAGGACGCUGACAACAACGGCGCGAUCGUUUAUUCGCUGACCGCCCCGUAUCCGGGCGACGAUCUGGAAUACUUCGAGAUCCAACCGGAAUCCGGAUGGAUCGUUCUAAAGAAACCACUCGACCAAGAAAAGUAUCGUCUACGCGUGAGAGCUUCGGAUUGCGGUGAUCCACCGUCGUACGCUGAGGUCGAUAUUGAAUUAGACGUCGUUGAUCGGAACAAUAAACCUCCUCUGUGGGAGCGGAGCGUGUACGGUCCUACACACAUCAAAGAGAAUGUCACAAUCAGUACCAUUGUGAUCUCAGUCAAAGCCAGCUCGGGCAUCGAGGGAAACCCGACCGUGUUCUAUCGGCUGAUGCCGGGGUCCACAGCGCAGACGAACAAAUUCCACACGUUCUAUCUACAACAAAGGCARGACAACGGUUUCACUUGGGCUGACAUAAAGGUCAAUCAUCCACUGGACUACGAGACGAUCAAGGAAUAMAAUUUGACCAUUCGCGUGGAGAACAAUGGAGCUCAACAACUUGCAUCUGAAGCCACAGUGUACAUUAUGCUGGAAGACGUGAACGACGAAAUACCUUUGUUCACCGAACGGGAACAAGAGACUGUUCUGGAAGGCGAGCCGAUUGGCACCAAAGUCACCCAAGUCAACGCGAUCGACAAGGAUGGCACGUUYCCGAAUAACCGGGUUUAUUAUUUUGUGGUCGAUUCACCACGGAAUGAGGGAAAAGAUUAUUUCGAAAUAAACUCGGAAACUGGCGAGGUGUUUACGAAAAUAGUUUUUGACAGAGAAAAGCAAGGCGCAUACGCUCUGGAAGUCGAGGCCCGCGACGGAGCGCCUUCCGCCAGGCCCAACAACGGUGAAGCUCCGAACUCAGUGUCCAAGUUCAUACGGAUUGGCAUUGCCGACAAGAACGACAACCCGCCGUACUUUGACAAGGCACUGUACGAGGCCGAAGUCGAUGAAAACGAAGACAUUCAGCACACUGUGCUCACCGUCACAGCGAAGGACCACGAUGAAUCUUCCAGAAUACGUUACGAAAUAACGGGAGGAAAUCUUGGCGGAGCGUUCGCCGUCAAAAAUAUGACCGGUGCCAUUUAUGUCGCCGGUCCACUGGACUACGAGACGAGGAAAAGGUACGAAUUACAUCUAUCCGCGUCGGACAACUUGAAAGAAAACCACACGAUAGUCGUGAUCCACGUGAAAGACGUGAACGAUAAUCCACCGGUGUUCGAACGGCCCACGUACAGGACACAGAUCACGGAAGAGGACGACCGGAACUUGCCCAAACGCGUCUUACAGGUAACGGCUACCGACGGUGACAAGGAUCGCCCGCAGAACAUCGUCUAUUUCCUCACGGGACAGGGAAUUGAUCCGGACAACCCGGCCAAUAGUAAAUUCGACAUCAAUCGUACGUCUGGCGAGAUAUUCGUUCUCAAGCCAUUGGACAGAGAUCAGCCUAACGGCAGACCACAGUGGAGAUUUACCGUGUUCGCACAAGACGAAGGAGGCGAAGGCUUAGUUGGAUAUGCUGACGUUCAAGUGAACCUGAAAGACAUCAAUGACAAUGCACCGGUAUUCCCGCAAGGAGUGUACUGGGGAAAUGUAACCGAAAACGGAACAGCCGGAAUGGUUGUGAUGACAAUGACGGCAGUGGAUUACGAUGACCCAGCCGAGGGCACUAACGCUAAAUUGAUAUAUUCAAUCGAGAAAAACGUGAUCGAAGAAGAAACCGGCACCCCGAUAUUUGAAAUUGAAUCCGAUACGGGAGUUAUAAAGACGGCCGUGUGCUGUUUGGACCGAGAACGCACUCCAGACUAUUCCAUCCAAGUGGUCGCCAUGGACGGUGGAGGCCUUAAAGGWACGGGAACCGCUUCCAUCCGGGUGAAGGACAUCAACGACAUGCCGCCGCAGUUCACGAAAGAAGAGUGGCUCACUGAAGUAGACGAGACUGAUGGAUUUAAUUUCCCAGAAACUCCAAUAUUGACGGUUACGGUGCACGAUGAAGACGAGACCAACAAGUUCCAAUACAAAGUAAUUGAAAACAGUGGUUAUGGGGCAGAUAAAUUCACCAUGGUACGGAACAACGACGGAACCGGAUCACUCAAAAUCGUUCAGCCAUUGGAUUAUGAAGAUCAGCUGCAGAGUAAUGGAUUCCGUUUCAGGAUCCAAGUUAACGAUAAGGGUGAAGAUAAUGAUCAUGACAAAUACCACGUCGCGUAUUCGUGGGUUGUCGUCAAACUGCGUGACAUCAACGACAACAAGCCUCAGUUCGAACGGCCAAACAUCGAAGUGUCGGUUUACGAAAACGUGGAAGUCGGAAAGAGCCUAGAAACGUUCAAAGCCACUGACCCUGACCAAGGAGGGAAGAGCAAAGUAUCCUACGCUAUCGACCGCGUCUCCGAUCGACGACGUCAGUUCCGCAUUAGUCAAGAAGGAACCGUUUCCAUUCAACGGCAGUUAGACAGGGAAGAAACUCCCAGGCAUCAGGUGAAAAUCUUAGCCAUCGACGACGGCGUUCCACCAAAGACGGCUACAGCCACCCUAACAGUGAUCGUCCAGGACAUCAACGAUAACGCUCCGAAACUUCUUCGCGAUUACCGACCAGUAUUGCCAGAGCACGUGCCUGCCAGAAAAGUCGUUGAAGUCUUAGCUACCGAUGACGACGACCGCUCUAAAAGUAACGGGCCGCCAUUUACGUUCAGGAUGGAUCCGAACGCAGACGACGUGAUCAGAGCAUCGUUUAAAGUCGAACACGAUCAAAAGGGAGCCAACGGUGACGGUAUGGCUGUCAUCUCGUCGCUCAGAUCAUUCGAUCGAGAACAACAAAAAGAAUAUCUCAUACCAAUCGUGAUCAAAGACUCUGGUAAUCCGGCUAUGACUGGUACCAGUACUCUGACGGUCAUCAUUCGAGAUGUAAAUGAUAACAAAAUGCAACCGGGAUCUAAAGAAAUAUUUGCUUACAAUUACAUGGGCCAAGCUCCGGACACCGAAAUUGGUCGAGUAUAUGUGUACGAUUUGGAUGACUGGGACUUGCCAGAUAAAAAAUUCUACCCAGACGGCACCGAACAUCCUCGAUUUAAGUUAAAUGACACUACAGGAAUGAUAAUGAUGCGCCAUGGUACGAGAGAAGGCCAAUACCAUUUGCGGUUCAAGGUGUACGACCGGAAGCACACGCAAACGGACAUUUCUGCAAACGUCACAGUUACGGUCAAGGAUAUUUCACCCGAGGCGGUUAUGAACGCCGGCUCCAUACGUAUUGCUGGCAUAUCGGACGAGGAUUUCAUUAGGAUAUGGAACUACAGAACGCAGAGCUUGGUCAGGAGCAAAGCCGACAAAUUCAAAGAUAAACUMGUGGACAUUUUAAACACGCCAAGAGAAAAUAUCGACAUUUUCAGUGUUCAAUUGAAACAAAAGUACCCCCCGUUAACUGACAUCAGAUUCUCUGCUCACGGAUCACCUUACUAUAAAACGGUGAAACUCAACGGUCUGGUAUURAUGCACCGUGAAGAGAUUGAAAAGGAUGUGGGAAUAAACAUCACUAUGGUGGGUAUUGACGAGUGCUUGUAUGAGUAUGUGAACUGCGAGGGAAGUUGCACGAACGUUUUCGAAAUAAACACACUGCCGUAUAUGGUGAACGCUAAUAAGACGGCGCUGGUUGGCGUCCGGAUCGACACAUAUGCGGAAUGYACUUGCGGGGCCAGAAACUUCACGAAAAUCGAAACAUGCCGUUCAAGCCCAUGCUUGAAUGGUGGGCGAUGCACGGAUACCAGAAACGGACCGACGUGUGAAUGCCCGAACGGCUUYAACGGACCCAGAUGUCAGCAGACGGCCAGGAGCUUCAAAGGUAGCGGAUGGGCGUGGUAUCCACCUUUGGAGAUGUGCGACAACUCUCAUCUGAGUCUCGAGUUCGUCACGAGAAAAGCAGACGGUCUCAUGCUGUAUAACGGUCCCAUCGUUCCACCCGAACCCGAAGAAACACUUGUAUCAGACGAUGGAGAAUGGCACAAAAUUGACGUAUUCUGGGACACAGAGAAUAUACGUUUAGUGGUGGACAACUGCCGUUCAGCAGACAUCACUGAACUGGAAGACGGUUCACAUCCGGAGUUUGACGAUGCCUCGUGCCAGGCCCAGGGCACAAUACCACCGUUCAACGAAUACCUAAACAUCAAUUCACCACUGCAAAUCGGCGGGCGGUACGUACAAGACUUCGACCCCACCCACUAUCACUGGCAAUCMGCUCCGUAYGGCAAAGGGUUCGAUGGCUGCAUCAAAAACGUCUAUCACAACAGCAAGCUCUAUGAUCUGGCUAACCCGGGACUCACCAGAAACAGCGUCGCUGGAUGUCCACAAACCGAAGACUUAUGCAUGCAGUUGGUUGGCCACAGGUGUUCGGAACAUGGAUCGUGUGUAGGUAGUAUGGUGGAACCUCGRUGCGAGUGCAACCCCGGCUGGUCGGGCGCUGAUUGCCUCACGCCCACAAUACCGACCACGUUCCGGCCUCAGAGUUACGUGAAGUACGCCCUAUCGUUUGACGCCGAUAAAUUCAUGACCAAAAUCCAGUUGCGAUUCAGGACACGCGAAGAGCACGGCGAGUUGUUCAGAGUCAGUGACCAGCACAACCGCGAAUACGCUAUUCUUGAGAUUAAAGACAGUAAACUACAUUUCCGGUACAACUURAACAGCUUGCGGACCGAGGAAAGAGACGUAUGGCUCAGCGCCGUGACUGUCGACGACGGCAAAUGGCACAUAGCGAAAGUUUCAAGAUACGGUUCAUCGGCAAUUUUGGAACUUGAUGGUGGAGAAGGAAAACAUUACAAUGAAACUUAUCGAUUUGAAGGACAUCAGUGGUUAAUGGUGGACAAGCAAGAAGGAGUGUACGCCGGYGGAAAGGCCGAGUACACUGGAGUUCGAACGUUUGAAGURUAUGGUGACUUCCAAAAAGGUUGUUUGGAUGACAUACGUUUGGAAGGGAGAUAUCUUCCACUGCCGCCUGCAACCAACGGAACUCAGUGGGGACAAGCUACUAUGGCCAGAAACGUCGAGAGGAACUGCCCGUCGAACAAACCGUGCGCUAACGUCAUUUGCCAGGAACCUUUUGAAUGCGUCGAUCUUUGGAAUUACUACGAUUGCACUUGUGGAGAAGGAAGGGUCAUGACUUCGGACCGCAAAGGCUGCAUAGACAAGAACGAAUGUCUGGACAGUCCCUGCAGAAACGGUGGUGUUUGUCUCAACCAAGACCCCAGGAUCCGUUACCGUUGUAUAUGCCCAGACGGCUUUUGGGGUGAGAACUGCGAACUGGUCCAGGAAGGCCAGAAACUGAAACUAGGCAUGGGUGCACUCGCUGCUAUACUGGUGUGCCUCCUCAUCAUUCUAAUUCUGGUUUUGAUGUUCGUCGUGUACAACCGACGACGCGAGUCACACAUCAAAUACCCCGGACCAGACGACGACGUCAGAGAGAACAUAAUUAACUACGACGACGAGGGUGGCGGCGAAGACGACAUGACCGCGUUUGACAUUACACCGCUGCAAAUACCCAUCGGUGGGUCAAUGAACAACAUGCACCCACAAAAAUAUAAAUAUCCCGCGAUGCCCGUGGGCGUGGAACCCAACGUCGGCAUAUUCAUCGAAGACCACAAGAAACGCGCGGAYGGCGAUCCAAAUGCCCCGCCGUUUGACGACUUGCGCAAUUACGCUUAUGAAGGAGGCGGCAGCACUGCUGGGUCGUUGUCAUCACUAAACACUGGUACCGAGGACGACCACCAAGACUACGAGUACUUGGUGUCUUGGGGUUCGCACUUCGAUAAACUGGCCGACAUGUACAGCCGGGACGGCGAACACGAGAUGGAAGAAGAGCAGUAGAAGAGACGACGAACUGCACGUCUACAGCCGACCGUUGUGUAGAUUAAUGAAAUAUUAUUAUUAUAUACCUUCAUCKUCACGACGUAUCGCACGCCACACAAUACACAAAGUAGUACAUAAUUAUUAUUAUAGUACGCGUCGUGUCGUUUGUUCAUAUUAUAAUAAUAUGCAU